AUGCCAGCUAUAACAGUAUUGAUAUCCGGGUCAGGAUCGAACUUGCAAGCUUUGAUAGAUGCGGAAAAAAGAGGAGAACUUGGCGGUACGAUCACACAGGUGGUUUCUUCGAGCGAGACAGCGUAUGGGUUGACGAGAGCAUCGGAGGCUUCAAUUGGCACCAAGACACAUAUUUUGAAGAAUUACUACAAAGGGACCACGAAAGAGGAUAAGGUCGAACGCCAGGCGAGAAGAGAGAAAUUUAAUGAAGAUUUGGCCAAACUCUUGAUCAAUGGGGACAUUAGUGACACUCCAGUGGAUGGAUAUACCAAGCCAGAUUUGGUGGUGUGUGCGGGUUGGAUGUUAAUUUUGUCUCCAACGGUAUUGACACCAUUGGAGAAGGCAGGGAUAACAAUCAUCAACUUGCAUCCUGCAUUGCCGGGUGCUUUUGACGGCACACAUGCUAUUGAGAGAGCGUGGAAAGCUGGCCAGGCAGGAGAGAUAAGUACUGGAGGAGUGAUGAUUCAUAAGGUUAUAGCAGAAGUUGAUAGAGGAACACCAGUGCUUGUCAAGGAGCUCGAUUUACGCAAAGACGAAUCAUUGGAUGAUUACGAAACUAGGGUGCAUGAUGUCGAACAUAUUGCGAUUGUAGAAGGUACAAAUAUAGUGUUGAAAGAAUUAGCCAAAUAG